GUCUUGCCAGUGCUAAAGAAUCACGGUGUGUCAUUCAGCCAGGUCAGCCAUCAGUGACUCACGCUCAGUCUGUGCUCCUAGGGCCAUGAAGCCCCCGGGAGGAGAGGCCAGCAAUCUUUUUGGAAGUCCAGAAGAAGCUGCUCCGUCAAGCAGGCCCAAUAGGAUGGCAUCUAAUAUUUUUGGACCAACCGAAGAGCCUCAGAACAUCCCUAAAAGGACCAAUCCUCCAGGGGGGAAAGGAAGCGGUAUCUUUGACGAAUCCACACCUGUGCAGACUCGACAGCGUCUGAACCCACCUGGCGGGAAGACCAGUGACAUUUUUGGGUCCCCAGUUGCUGCCACUUCACCUUUGGCACACCCAAACAAACCCAAGGACCAUGUGUUCUUGUGUGAGGGAGAAGACCCAAAAUCAGCCCCUAAAGCCGCAACGAGCUCGUCGCCCAGAGAAGAGCCCGGUGAGAAGGGAGGCCCUGGAGAAGCGGGCCGCGCCCAGCAGCCGGUGCCCAUGCCCGCGGGGGACAGCCAUGAGCCCAGGUUGGGCCCGAGGCCACGCUCUCAUAACAAAGUCCUUAACCCACCUGGAGGCAAAUCCAGUAUCUCCUUCUACUAAGAGGGGCUGCUGCUGCGUAGCCAGGCAAGAACCCGGAGAGAUAGGAUUUCAAAUACUAUAGUUUCUUUUAGCCCAAAGGAGCCGGGUGGGGAGAGGGUCUGCUGUGUAUCUGAAGCCGCUGCUCAGGCCCCACUGCCGUCACAGAGCCGGGGGGACCUUACCUCCAGACUGCGGGAGACCUGUCUUGGUGGGGAUAAAACGGGACUCACUGUAACUGCACAUGUGACGGGACUCAACGAGGGGUAUGGGGGCAGGUGGUGCGAGGCCACGCUGAGGCCUGGUGGCGUGGGGCUGCCCACAGCCUCGCCGCACCGGUGCUCUGCUGGCCAACCGGGGGUCUGGAGAUCACGAACACAGUAGCAGAGUUUAAGUUUAAAGCCUUGGCAAGAAAAUAAGAAACAACCUGUGUGUUGCUGUGGGAUAGACGAGCAAGGCACAGGCCAAAACACUACUGGUGGGGACUGGGGGUCUCUGGCUGGCCCCGCAGGUUCUCACCCCAUUCACCACGGGACCGUUUCCAUCCCUGGGACUGCCUCUGCAGGCCCCCGGUGCCUCCUUUCCGGUCAGCCCCAGUGUGGUGCUCUGCACGCUUCCUGAGCCACCUCGGUUGCUUGUCCUCGGCAGCUGUCAACAAAAACCAAAAAGUUAUUCUCAGUCUCAUGCUUUAGGGAAAGAUUUUGUGCCCUGAUCCGCUGAGGUGCUCCAUUUCUGCCAUUUAAAAGCUUGGCCAGAUCUUACGUAGGAAUCUCUGCUUUUCAUUCCCAGGCUGGUUUUGCCGUGAAUUGUUCCUUCUUUUCCUGAGUGGCCUCCUGUCUAGGCCUGUGCCCUUCUCCAGGGAUGCAGACAGCUCCCUUGUCAAACCACAGUUCUUCCUGUGGGCAGGCCCCCCCUUCCCCCGCCCCCCCCCCGGCUCCUGCAGCUGUAGAACUGUCCACAUGCAUCCAGGCAAUGGGGUGACUGAAAUCCUUCAUGCGUCUUUACUCCUGUUGACGGUGGGAAGAAGAGAUGCUUCAGAACCUUGGGUUCUUCGGUUUGAAUCUUUAAUAAUAUCUAAAAAGCUUUUCUAAAAUACCAGCUUUACAUAAGUGACUGUUGACUCUGCCCUGUUUCUGACAACCUUUCUAGGAAAAAGUCAGUUGCUCAGGUACAACCAAGAGGAAGAAACUUUGCUUAGCUGCUCUUUAUAAAGCUUUGCAGAACCUCUGGACCAUAUUCAGUUUCCAGAAGAAACCUGGAGACCUUGGCCCAGAAAAUUAAGUAGUUUGACAUCAAAGUCUCAACUAGCUGAUUCCAUGAUGCUUGUCGGCACAGAGAACGGGCUGGCCAGAGCGCUGUUGCUUUGGUCCCGGCAGGCAGAGUUUCUCCCGGUUGGCCCUACAGGGCUCAGUCUCAGACCUUGCACCUCACUCAUGUUGGACCAACAGUUAACAGAGGACAGGCUUCAGGUCGGGGUACAUCUUGGUAUGAGAGCCUGCAAAGCUAAUGCUAGGUACUAAAAAUACCUGCAUCAUGACUGAAAUUUAAAAAAGCAACAAUGCUGUGUUUUAUCGUACCCACAGUGGCCUAGACACUUAAGUGCCUGCAGGAGCUAUCUGCUGAGCGCUGCCUCUUACACCUGGCACACUGGGGGGACCUGCACGUGGCUUUGUCAACCAAAGACCGUUUGUUUUCCCCCUUUCAACUGCCCUGUUCACUCAGGAGGCAAGAAACUCUUUCCAUGUGACUCUCUCAAGUACUUCCUGUCUCCACCCUUCAAAUGGCCACUUAUAGGAAAGUUGUUUGGAAUUCAGAGCAUUUUUUUCCCCAUUAGAAAAUGUCAUAAAUGGUAGUUAGGGUUUAAGCCCAAACACACUAACUUUUGUUUAAUGCAAUGUUCUCAUGGUAGAAGUGAACUUCCAUUUAUGACUAUGUUUUGUUGUGGUUUUUAGUAUGCAACAAAAUGAUCCGUGGAUGCCAAAUUGGAUUGCCAGGAACCCUGACAUUGUACUGCUGGGCCCUGUGGCUUCGCCCCUUCCCUCACUGUCCACCCAGUUCUGUCCAUCUGCAGGGAUACUGGGUGGAGAUGGGGAGCAGAGGCAGGGAUGCAGGCAAAGGAGAACUGUAGCAGGAGCCUCUGUGCAGUGUAGACAGAUGCCCUGCCUUCCUUCUCUCCCCAGCCUUCCCUCCCUGGGGCUGUAGAAGUGGGUUUAGAGUGCCUGGUAGUCUGGUAACUGGGAAAAGCAGGAGAGGACUUUCUGCUCCUGUGAGCCGGAUGGAGGUGGCCAUUUAUAUUUGGAAAAUGCUCUAUACAUCGGGGACUGCCUGUAUUUGGAAAUUCAUUAACUCAGCAUCCUGUUCUCAACCUCUAAGCUGCAUUUUGAAAUUAUUAGUCUGUAUUUUUAUUAAGCCUUAAAACUUUUUUUAUGUGCAUUUGGUGCCAAAUUUUUUCUAGAGCUGUAUCAAAAACAAGAAGCCUGUACUCACAUCAGAAUAUAGUUUUGAUAGGGGCAUUUUGUUUUUACAAGGCAGGAUUGGAUAUAACCGUUGAAUUAAACUUAGCAAUCAUGUACUCGAA